AUGUCGGCUUGGACACGGAGUAUGUACUUUGGGUCACAGUCGUCACGGCAUGACGACGGGACGGGAGGCGUGUGGUGUGAGGCGUUGUACGGAAUAUGGAUGAGCAGUACUCCAUAUAUGCGGGCUGGUACAAACGUAGCAGUGCUUGUUCGAAGUAUACUGUAUACUCCAUAUGAUCGAAGGCAUUUCCGUACUCCAUACGGAGUACUCCGUACUCGCUGGAAGUGGAUGAAUUACGCCUUGAUCCACAAUGCCCGGAGGUUUUGGACGAUCGCGAGAAGGCUAGGAUGGUUGAUCACAGUCGCCGGCGUUCCGUGUUCUCUUCGCGAUUUCGUUUUCCUUUCUCUGUUAUUUAUCCACGAUUUGUCUUUCUUUUCCCUCCCACUUCUUAUUUUUCUCAAUGAAGAAGCGGGGGGGAGCGAAGUAGCGUCGUCGCUCAGGCCGAGGUGGCAGCCGGCCAAGACUACGGAGUACAGAGUACAUAACAUAGCCCUACGGGCACCCCAGAGUUACCGGAACGGGUUUAUAAAAAAUCCGUCACAUGUGGACCUCCAGUAG